UCAUCCCUAUUUUUAUUAUAUAAUAGCAAGGAACGACAUUUUAACCGGAUAGAUUUAUAUUAUAUAUACAUUGGUUUGAGAUGGAAGCCUUACGAAUGCUGUCGAAAGGUCCGGGAGUAGAUUAUGAAGCCGAAGUUGAAAGGCUUCUGAGUUGCCCAAUUUGUCUUGAAGUUUAUAGCAAACCCGUCGUUAUCCUACCAUGUCAGCACAAUCUCUGUAGAAAAUGUGCAAAUGAUGUUUUUCAAAACAGAGGGACACCGAUGGGAUCUGGCGGUCGAUUUAGAUGCCCAACCUGCAGAUAUGAAGUUAUGUUGGACAGACAUGGAGUUUAUGGAUUGCAGCGCAAUUUACUUGUUGAAAAUAUUAUCGAUAUGUAUCAGUCAGAAAGCAAAAAGCCAUUCCGUAAAGUCGAGGUUCUCAUGUGCGAAGAGCACGAGGAGGAGAAACUGAACAUUUUCUGUGUGACGUGUCAAAAACCAACUUGUUCUAUGUGUAAAGUAUUUGGACAGCAUCAAGAAUGCACAGUCUUCCCUGUUGAAAAAGUGUACAAAGAUCAUAAGUCUGAAGUCAGUGGAGCGAUUGCGAUGUUGGUGGCUGGAAAUGAUCGUCUUCAAACAAUAAUUUCCAAAACAGAAGAACUGACUGUUAAGACAGAGGAAAACAGCAAAACCGUACAAAGUGAUGUAUGUGCAUCUUUUGAUAAGCUUUAUGCUGUUCUCGAACAAAGGAAACAAGCUAUGUUAAGCAAAGUCAAAGCAUUAACACAGGAAAAAACAGAGAUUUUGCAAAGUAUGCUGAAACAAUACGGCAGUCAACUCGAAUCUUCAAGUAAACUUGUCGAAGAAGCUUUGUCGUUGUUGGAAGAACCUAACGCUGCUCAAUUUUUAUCAGUCAGUCGUGAUUUAAUCAACAGAGUGACUUCGACAGCAAAAGCCACUGACGUGAGGAAACCACCUGCGGACAUACACCAGAUGGGAAUGUUUGCGGUAGAUUUUUCAAACCAUGCAAAAUAUUUAUCGCGUAUCAAUUUUCCAGCUAGAGGAGAGGAUGAAGAAAUUGGAUCAGAAGAUUAUGAGACAACCAGUGACCAUGCGUCGUGUGAUUCAGAAGUUACGUCGUCCGCUGCGUCAACCACUCACUCUGGAGAUGUUUUUCAAGCAAAACUUCUACUUCCUAAAGCAGACGACGCUGAAGAAGUCGUUGCAGCUGCCAGAGUUACACGCACGGAUGACGAUGACGUUUUAUCAGUGACAUCACGAAGCGAUUAUACCGGUUCGGAUCGAAGGGAAUCAAAUGUAUCUUUUGAUGAUGAUAAACAAUUAGACCAAUUGGAUGAUGAAGUAAAAGCUAUUGCAGAAAAGUAUCUUUCAGGACGUGCAUCCAGAGCUAGAUCGCAAGCUUCGACAAAAUCGGAUUCUUCCGCUGAAGCGAGACGACGUAGCUACAGCGAAGAGGAAUCCUUGUGGAAAAACUGGUGAAUACCGACCUUCAUUUUGCAUCCAAAGAUCAUCACAUCAAGAAAUUAUUCAAAUCAAGAUCACUGCAUCUGUGAAAAUCAAAUAUUCAAGGCGGACAAUUUUGCCAAUAAAAAUACUCUGUAAUAGCAUGAAAUGUCGCCUACAUGUAUACAUACAAUUUUCUGCUUUUUGUACUUUUGUAUUUUAUUCCACGCUUAUUUCACGUUCAUUGCGUGCAUGCUUAAUAUGGUUUUUACUUAGAACUUGUAUAUUAUUAUAUUUAUAUAUAUGUAUCCAGCUAAUAAACGGCUCAUGCCCAAUGAAGUAAA